AUGCCGACCUCAUUGCAUCCCCAGGCAAAGUUCGAUCCUAUACCGCCCGACCUGGACCUGUAUGGAUUGGUGGACACAACACCAAAUUUCAAGUGGGUUCAGCGCGUCUCGAGAAACCAGAUACGCAGCCUUGGUCAACAGGAAUUCGAGAAGCUUGUGUUGAUUCACGUCAUUAUUGGCGGCAAACCUCUAGUCAUUGACGGAUGGGAGGCAGCUCUGUCAAGGGGGCUUUUUGAUGUUGGUUGGUUGGAAAAGAGACAUGACAAGACACAGGAGAACGUACGAGAUAUCAGCGCCGGAACCGACAUACCCAUGACAACAGGUCAUUACCUGCGUUCGAUGAGACAGCUUGCAAACCAAUGGACUCCUACCAACUUUCGUGACGAGCGCCGCCAGCGUCUUUAUCUCAAGGAUAUUGACUGCCCUCCUGAGUGGCACGACGCACUGCAAAAGGUCAUUCAUCCGAAUUUAUUCUAUUUGAAUGAGAACGCCAGCGAAGCUGGAGGCUCACGAUACGACGAGGACGCCUUCCGGGAUGAAUCUGCUGCAGCACCAGCCGGUGACCUGAUGUCCAGUUUGCCAGAGGAAAUGCGCGCCCAGAAUCUCAUGUGCUACAUUGGACAUGAAGGUACAUAUACCCCUGCGCACCGCGAAAUGUGUGCAUCGCUUGGUCAGAAUAUCAUGGUGGAAGCAUCUGGAGAUGAGAAAGGCGAGAAACCCGGCAGCUCGAUCUGGUUCAUGACAGAAAGUAAAGAUCGUGAGGUUGUCCGCGAAUACUUCCUCUCCAUGUUAGGUCAUGACAUUGAGAUCGAGAAGCAUUUUGCUCAAAUCAACGCGUGGAAGAAAGCGCCUUUCGACGUUUACAUUGUCGAACAGAGAGUUGGUGAUUUCAUUCUCAUCCCCCCAUUGGCCGCGCACCAGGUUUGGAAUAGGGGUACUCGAACAAUAAAAGUGGCCUGGAACCGCACAACUGCCGAAACUCUUGAGAUGGCUUUACAUGAAGCGCUUCCAAAGACUCGGCUUGUUUGUCGCGAUGAACAGUACAAGAACAAGGCGAUCAUCUUCUUCACCCUACGGAAGUAUUACCGUCAACUUCAGAAUCUUGAAGAGAAUGCAGAAAUGACCUCCAUGAGCUUUAUGGGGAUUGGACAAGACAUUCUCAGGAGCUCGCCUCGUGCCAAACAACUUGCAGGCGACUUUAAAAAGCUAUUUGCACUCUUCACGGAGCUCCUACUCGACGAAAUGUUCGCGUUCAAAGAGAAGGAGGUAGAAUUCAUUGAGUUUGACUCUUGCAUUACUUGUUCAUAUUGCAGGUCCAAUAUCUUCAAUAGGUUCCUGACAUGCAAGCACUGCACUCGCAUGCUCAUCAACGGCGAUGAGGACACCUACGACGUUUGCAUGGAAUGCUAUGCCAUGGGACGGUCUUGCGCCUGCCUCUCGGGAUUGCAAUGGUGCGAGCAGUGGAGUUGGGCUGACUUGGUCAAUAAUUAUGAAGAAUGGCGCUCAAUGAUUAUAAAGAACGAUGGUUUUGUCGAUUUCGAGUCUUCGCCGCAACCCCUGGAAAUUGCUCGGCAGCGCUCUGCAAAGAAGUCUUUGGCCCAAAUUUGCCAAGAAGCACUGAGAAGGAGACCUUGGAAAGACAUCACUCAGCCCGAACGUGAGAUUACACCAAGCGAGUCAGAGCCAGAAGUCGAUGGCGAAGGAAGGCCAAAGAAGAAAUACAAGAGGAAGAAGAAGCGCGGAGAGCUUCGGCGAUGCCAUGUAUGCUGUCACAAGGACUACGCUUAUCGGGUUCAUCAGUGUACGAAUCCUGGCUGCACCGAAUCCUACUGUUAUGGCGUGCUCUAUAGAGCUUUCGAUAUGUUGCCACAAAAGGUCCUUGAAGACGAGCAAUGGCAAUGCCCCAAGUGCUUGGGGAUAUGCAAUUGUGGUCACUGUCGACGCGUAGGCAACACGGAUCCGUACACGCCAAAGAACACUUUAUUGGGACACGAUACGCGGCCGAUUGCAGACGACAGAAGUGUCGAGGCUCUGGUUGACUUCCGUGUACACAAUCUCUCAUGGCUCAAGGCCGCAGGGGAAGAAAGCCGCAGUAAAGACAGCAGAAGAAUGAAGAGACUACGAGAGCAGGCUGAUAGUGCUAAAGCACAGGAUAUUACAGAACAGGAAGAAGCCGAACAGGCUAUACAAGAUGGUGCUAGGGUCCAUGGGGCUAAUGGUGUACAUGUAUCCGGCAAGAACGGUUACGGAGACCAGAGUCAUGUUCUUGGCGGCCAAGGCGAUUGGCCUACGACUGAUGAUGGUUCUGAGGGGCAAUUGCCUCGUUACACUGAUGAGAAUGGUGUACGAGCCGAAGAGCCGACGGCUAUGGAUAUGUCCCAGCUUGGAGAGGCCGAUGCAUCCUUGUAUCCGGAUCCUUCUUUGGUAGCUCGGCAGCGUAUCGGCAUGGGCUACUAUGAACCAGAUGAUGCACCGGACAAGAUUCUAUUUGAUCCUUUUCAGGCACCACCUGAGGAUGCCAUGCGACCGUCAGAACCAGAUAUUCCUGAGUUCGUCAAAAAGUCCAUUCGGGCAGCCAAAAGGAAAGCCAGACGAGAGAAUGAAGAUCCUGAUUUUGUUGUUGGCAAGUCACAUCACAAAAAGCCUCGUCUCGCAAAUGAACCAGAAACAGAUUUCCUGGAUAGCAUGGACCCUGCCCUGUUCAAUGGGUCGUCUUCUGUCCCUGAAGCUGUCAUGGAUCCACCUAGUCAGACCGAUAGAAACCAAAGCACAACGCAAGACGUCGGAAUGGAUGUUGCUCGGGGUGCAUCUGGCGCAACUCUAGCUCCAGGCCAGUCUAAAAAACGGACUCAGCUGUUAUUCGACGCGAACGAGCCCGAGCUCAGGCAUGCUAAACCAAUAACAUCAUAUGUCGAAGCUGAAAUGGACUCGGACGAGUUCGAGGAGGAACCAAAUCAACAGACAAAGACUUCGUCGUCCGAGAAUGGCGCAAAAACAGGCAAGAAAUCGGCCGUCGAUCUAGCUGCCGAUGCAGUUCGUGCUUUGUUAGGGUCAUCUAUUUCUUCUAGCCCACAGCCCUCUAUUGAGAUGCAUUCAACCCCUGGCACGGAUAAAAUUCCCAGACGCCGCGGUCGUCCACCUAAAAAUGCAACCUCUGUUGCGCAGCCCACCUCUAUCGACUCUUCUCAUAAAUCUAAGGGCGGACAGAAAGGCUGGCCCAGAGGCCGGCCUCGAAAAUCACGUUUGUCUCAAGUCGCAGCCGCUGGUGGAUCAGCCGAGAUCGCUGACGAGACCUCCCAAACUCAAGACGGCAAUAGCGAUGUCGAGCACGAUAGAAUGGUCGCCGAGUUGGAGGCCCAUCUUGCUGCUGAAUUGGUUGAAGGGACUCUGGCGCCUAUAACAGAGCCUGGCCAACGUCGUCGCCGGGGCAGACCAAGAAAGUCCGGUGUGACUACCAUCGCAGCUGCAUCUACCCCUGCCGGUACAUCUGAAGGAGAUGCUGAGGAUGAAAGCCGUACCUUCAGGUCCGCUCGUCGUACUCGACGAUCAGAGGGUACUACCAUGGAAUCCGAUCGGCUACCUAGCUCACCUCCGCCGUCAGCGACCUAUGGCGCAGGAGCUCCGCUCAUGUCUAUGGCUGAACGAAUGGCACUCAAGGGAAAGAAAUUUGAAAUGGGAAAACGAAAAUCAAGAGGCAUUUCUAGUAGUGCAACUGCCACCCACUCAAAAGCCACAACUCCCAUAGCUGACCCCAAGGCUACCUCAGAGGUAUCUGAUGAGCCGCCAGCUGAUGUUGGCCCAGUGGUUUCUCGCAGCACGAGCCCUGUUGGUGAGCACAUUGGCGAGCAGUCACCUCCAAUAUCCUCAACCCACCUGGGGAGCUCCCAGAGUCCUUCACCGCCCCCUCUCCUCCAACGACCUGCACAACCAACUGUGGUCAGAAUUGGCGAUACAGACUCGGAGGCAGAACAAAGUGACUCGCAAGACAAAACACCGGACGAGGAGGUGGCCGUGGGCGUGGCAGAGGAAGGGGGCGUGGCAGGGGACGGGGAAGAGGGCGUUGAGGGAUCGUAA